AUGGCUGAAGAUGAGGACAGUUUGGAGGCAGAGAUUGUCUACCCCAUCACCUGCGGAGACAGCAAAGCCAACCUCAUCUGGAGAAAGUUUGUGUGCCCUGGGAUCAACGUGAAGUGUGUGCAGUUUGACGAUCACCUGAUUAGUCCCAAGGAGUUUGUCCACUUGGCGGGCAAGUCAACCCUGAAGGAUUGGAAGCGGGCGAUCCGGAUGAACGGGAUCAUGCUCCGGAAGAUCAUGGACUCUGGAGAACUGGAUUUCUACCAGCACACGAAGGUCUGUUCCAACACCUGCCGGAGCACCAAAAUCGACCUGACCGGAGCCAGGGUGUCCUUGACCAGCCAGACGUCAACGGAGUACAUCCCUCUCACUCCCGCUUCUGCAGAUGUGAACGGAUCCCCAGCUACGAUUACCAUAGAAACGUGCGAGGAUGCCAACGAUUGGAGCACCAGCGUCGGAGAUGACACCUUUGCUUUCUGGCGAGGCUUGAAGGAUACGGGUCUCCUGGAAGAAGUAAUCCAGGAGUUCCACCAGGAGCUAGUGGAGACCAUGAAGGGCUUGCAGCAGCGAGCGCAGGAUCCCCCGCUGCAGCUCGGUGAUGCUGUUUUACUCAACAACGUAGUCCAGAACUUCGGUAUGCUGGAUCUGGUCAAGAAGGUCCUGGCCAGCCACAAGUGUCAGAUGGAUCGCUCGAGGGAGCAGUACACGCGGGAUUUGGCAGCUCUGGAGCAGCAGUGCGACGAGCACCGCAAGCGAGCGAAGGAGCUGAAGCACAAAUCGCAGCACCUCAACAACGUCCUGAUGACCCUCACGCCCGUCUCCGUCCCCACGCCUCUAAAACGUCCCAGGCUGACCAGGGCCACCUCCGGACCAGCUGCCAUCACGUCCCAAGUCCUGUCCCAGCCGGCACAGCUCGCCGUCACCCCCGGCGUGCCGGUCUCCCAGCUUGCCAACCUCCCUCUCAGCAAAGUGGUCUCAGCCCUCCCACCCUCGGUGCUGGGGAAGAGCCCGUCCCAGCCUCCCGCUGCCAGCUCCCCGGCCUCCCCGCUGCUGGGAGGGUACACGGUACCUGCCUCCGCUGGCUCCACCUUCCCCGGUACGGUGGAGAUCCACCCGGACGCUUCCAACCUGACGGUGCUGAGCACGGCCGCGGUCCAGGACGGCAGCACGGUCGUGAAGGUGGUGAGCCCCUUCCAGCUGCUGACGCUGCCGGGACUUGGCACGACCAUCCAGAACGUGACGCAAAUGGCUCCCGGUGGGAGCACGGUCGUGACCGUCCCAUCCGGUGCCACCGAGGCUGCUGGGGAUGAGCACGCCGCCGCCGCCAUCGAGGUGGCCGCAGUGGCCCAUGAGGCGGAGCAGAAGUGA